GUCGAACAUCGUGGCAGUCGCACGCGCGCCGUGCAAACAGGUACAAGCGACGAACGCUCGUACGCUUUACCUUAUCGCGAGUUCCUUACAUCGCAUUGUUUGAACGAGAUGCACUUAUCUUCAUGCCGUACAAUCGAAAGUGAUAAAUGAUUCAGUACCGCGGAUGCACUUGACAUUGACGCGUCAAAAUCUCGAUAUCAUCGAUAAAUAGUCGAUAGUUAUCUGAACGACAUCAACGAAGUAGCUAAGCGCUACUAAACAAUAGUUCGGGCAGCGGAAGAGGAAAUUAUCUCUGCCACAGUGACGGAUCACGAAAAAAUUAAACAGUGACUACUAUAGUAUCACUCGAUCAAGUUUAAGUUCAGUGUUUAUAGUGUUAUCUUGAGUGAACAAACCCUGUGUUGUGGUCGGGCACUUGCGAUGAAACGUCAGCGAUUUUGACGUAAGAUUUUUAGUCGCAAAUCGCAGAAAAACUGGAGGUCGACACGUAUGAGGUGUCAGUUGUCGUCCAGCUGACAACAGAUGUCAUCCCCAUUGAAGUCGCAAUGUCGGCCGAUGGGUCGACCACGGACAUCAAUGCCCUGCUCAAUGAUACAGAAUCAGAUCUCACGAGUCUAUCGCAUGUUGAUGCCCCGAAUGAUGCGAAUUACAUGAUAUGUGGCGUCGUGAUCGCGAUGGCCCUCGUUGGGCUCAUUAUAGUGCUGCUGGCACUCACAAUAAAUAAGCUGCGCAAGCGAGAGGAGCAUUCGGCUUCGGUGCACCCAGCUGAAGUUCUCCAGGCUGCACCUGCGACUCAGCCGGAGCCGCUCGCCUUCCGCCAGCAGCCGCUGUGGCAGUUCCCGCCGCCGCUGCCCCCGCCUUACGUCUAUCCUCACGAUCAGGACAAUCUAAUGCAGCCGCACGGCAACGAGCGUGCGAGUUUCCGCAGUCUUCGCAAGAACAUCGGUGGUCGUUGGAAGCGACUAGUGAAAAAGAAGCCUGAACAGGAAGUUUACACGAUCCCGCCUGAGCUCAAGCCACAGCUCAAACAAAUAUACGUGUACUAAAUACACGGACUAGUAAUUAUAGCUGAAGCAGGAUACUUCGCUGCGUUGAUCUAAAGGCGAUGAUAUCAACCUCAACUCGACGGUUGUAAAACAUCAACUUAUAUCAUUACUCGAAUAUCAAAAUUGUAAACCUGCACGGCUCGACAGCCACUGUUUCUGAACAUAUCCUUUUCGACCAAUUAAUUCUAAUGACCAAUGUAACUAAAAUAUUUUUCUUUUCAUUCACCACUUCAUUGUGAUUUAAAGCCUAGAAAUUGUAUUAUUAAGUAUUAGAAUUUGAUGUUUGUGACUUGUGAGUGUUGUUCCGUUGCAGAUCGUAUGAGAGUGAUAGUCAAAUGAAUUUAGUUUAAUUAAUUUAAAGCUAUGAAUGUGAAUUAGGAAGAUGCGGUCGCGCAUACUAGUGACGAAAAUCCAAUAAUUAUGAAUAAACAAUUAUGAUGCCUUGUUAAAUGUAAUUUUUGACUAAUUAGGGCAUUUCGUAGUUCAUUAACUUAUUGUAGACAUGAUCGUAUUCGUAAGUGAACUCCGAUCAAAAUACUUUAUGAACUUAUACAUACUGUAUGUAUAUUGUGUGAAAGCUGAGGUUUGAAACAUCUUAUUGUUUGAUGCAGUAUUUUUAGAUCAUUCAUUUUGUGUUGCGAGUGAGACUGAAUAAUGGUACAAUUUUAAGUGUAACGUGACAUUGAAAUUUCGAAUAAAAUACAAAUAUUUUCUGAUAUUAUUGACUAUAAGUAUCAAAUAUCAAACAAUAUCACGAUGGAAUAUCAAAUGAUCUAGUUGUUGAAUGUUGAGUUGCUCGAAUUGCUUUUGUAGUAUAAUUAUUCAGAUUUUCGCCCGGUCCUUACUGUGAUAUAAUUAAAAUGAAGGAAUAAAGAAAUUAUUGACAGAAAGAUGUAGUUUUAACUUGAUUGCCUUAAUACCUUGUCAAUUAAAGUCUAGCAAGGGCCGACGGUCGAGAAUUUUGAUAGCUCAUAUUGAGCCUGAUAUUUUGAUGAAGUAAGCUGAUAGAUAAUAGGUAGAAUUGAGCCAUGAAUAUAUUUUCUUUCAUUGAAUUAACUGUUGCUGUAGAAAAAACCAUGUUAUAACUGUAAUUUUAACAUCGUGAGAAGUUUUUGUUUUGAAAAAAAUGUAAUCUUUCGUUGAAAUAUUGGAAAAUAAAUUCCAUCAUUAUACUGAA